AUGCGGCCCCACUCGCUACCCAGUGACAUCUGGAUCUCCGUCUUGCAAUACCUGUCCGUAGGCGAAUUAGCCAAUCUCUCGAGUGCGGCGAAGUAUUUCCACGCCUUGAUCCAUGAAUACGGAUGGAAAUUAUACCUCAGGAACACACCUCGCAAGACGUGGAGUCUCUUCAAGUCGAUGCAGCUCUGGAGCGCUCAUGCGUCCGUCCGCUAUCACACCGAAGUGGAUCGCAACUGGGCAAGACCGCAUUUUGUCGCACGACCUUUAUCCUCGAAGUGGCAAGGGAAACUCCAGCCGCAAAUGGCCAUCAAUAAGUCUCGAUUAUUCGUUGCGGCGGGGAGCACCAUAUAUUCCUAUACGUUCGGACACUCCGACGAGGGGCGUACACCAGGAAUCCAGUUUGAAUGCGCGUAUAUGACCCACAAGGUUGUCCAAGCCUCCCGUGAUAUCACAAGCAUCCAGUGCGUCCCAGACGGAGGAUUCGAUCGUACCGUCUACGUCGGAUAUGCGGACGGCACGCUCGAGCGGAUCGUUCUGCCUGCCUGCAAACUCGGUGCUCCGCCUGCCGUCAUUCACCUCGAAUCCAACCACCGCGAGAAGCGGCCAUACCACGGCACGGAUAUCGUCGAGAGCAUUUCCGCAAACAAGCAUCAUCUCCUCUCCCUUUCCUGUAACGGCUUCGCCGCAUUCUUUACUGACUCCGGCACGGACUCUCCGCCGCAAUUCUUGGAGCUCAACGUCCGCGGCUGGACCACGCACCUCUCGGACCGCUACGCCUUCCUCGGAACAUCCUCGCUCACCCCACUCAUGGUCUACACCAUCAACGAGUCCAGACUCUCCGCACAACCGGCCCACGUCCUGACGAGUUCCACCCACGACGACCGCCCGCGCGCAUCGGCUGUGUACGGCAUCAGCUCCGCGCCGCCCUCCUCACCCUGGGGCUCCUCAGACCGUGUCGUCCUCUCCGGCUGGUACGACGGCGUCGUGAACGUCCACGACCUCCGCUCCGCGCGCCGCGACGGUGCGGGCGCGCUCUACCCGGUGAUGAGCAUGUGCGACCCGUGGCUGCCCGAGCCGAUCUACGACGUGACCGCCGGAGGAAGCAGCGGGUGCCACGUCGCGGCGGGCACCGCGCGGCACUCCCUCGUCGCGUUCUGGGACGUGCGCGCGGCGCGGAGGGGCUGGAGCGUGCACGCGCCGGGCAACGACCCGUCGCCGGUGUAUUCGGUCGUGCUCGAGAGCUCGCGCCUGUUCGGUGCAACGCAGAGCCGGCCGUUCGUCUUGGACUUUGGGCCUGGGGCGAGGGCGGACGUGUACCCGCAGUUGACGCGUCCGCCGAAGGAGGAAGGGUUAAAGAAGAGGGACGGCAGCGGGGUCGGAUUCUACGUGACGCGGUACGGACAUUCGCGCGCGUAG